UGAUCCCAAAAAAGAGCCAUUUACUACCAAACAACAGUACUCUCUUCAAUCUUAUUCCCCCAUCUUCAAUAAUUUCGUAAUCCAUCCGCAGAGAUUAAGCCCUUCGAUCUCCUUCGAUGUAUCCUCCCAUGGAAGCACCGCAUGCUAAAGAUCCACCAUGCCCAUCGGAGUCCUCCACUGUCGUGCCGGCGCCCGAGCCUCCUCCGUGCCCACACACUCCCCUCCAAAACUCCAAAGAAAACAAGCAAGAACUCAUCUAUGUCGAAGAAGAAGAGGAGGAGGAGGAAGAAGAGAGGACAAAUCAAGAUCGAGGCCAAUCGUCAACUAAACCAACUCGGCCACUAGACCUAAACUUUUCAAGCGGCGACUCCGAUCGCGGGUUCUACCCGGAACCGAACCUCAUCCACUUCUUGGACAUGGGCCGGCCUGAGACAUCGCCGGAGGGAGCUGCUGAAGCUCCUUCCGAAGCGGAGCCUAAGGUCUUCUCGUGCAACUACUGCCAGAGAAAGUUCUACAGCUCACAAGCACUUGGAGGACACCAAAACGCGCACAAGAGAGAGCGGACUCUCGCGAAAAGAGGACAAAGGCUAGGCGCGACGGGUUUACAUGUCCUGGGAAACCCUUUUUACAUGGACCAGCACCAUCACCGCCACCAUUACUCGAGCAUGUCUUCUCUUCCUCUUCACGGCGGCGGCGCCUAUGGCAACCGCUCUCUUGGAAUUCAGGCGCAUUCCAUGAUCCACAAGCCUUCUCAUGCACCUUCCUUCAGUGCCAGUCCUAUUGGGAAUGGUGUGUACGGGCACCAUGUUUGGGCUAGGCCUCCAGUGUUGGGUCAACAGCCAGUAGUGGGAAGGUUGCUGUCCAUGGACAGUAGUCAUCACCAUCAUCAAGCAAAUGCAACAGGAGGAUCAUCAUCUUAUCCGUCUUCAAGAGUUAGUGUAGGUAGAUUCGAUAAUAUCGCGCCUUCGAUGGGUAUUUUGGGAAACGAAACAGGUAGCAGCGGUUGCUGGGGGACGACGCCCGGUGCCCGGUUGAAAGCUAAUCAGGAGGAGCUGCAGAAGCUCGACUUAUCGCUCAAGCUCUGGAAUUAGAUAUCAUUUCUAGCAUCAUGUUUGUUGGAAUUCUCUUUUUGUAGAAAUUUUUCUUUCUUUUAUCUUUUUCGCUUUCUGGGGAAAUUUUUAGCUUAUAUAUUCUGCUCGUGAGAUUUAUGUAUAUCUCUAAGGAUAGGAGACUUUUGAGGCAUUAACGUCUUUCCAAACCUAAUUGGAGCGUAUCUGACCAUGUUGGAUUU